UGUCUCCCUGUGCGCGGUCACAUGACGUCUCGCUCGCUCUCUCCCUGACUGCGGGAAUGAUCAGUCUCGGGGUCGCGCUUCCGUCCUCCCGGCUCAGCCCUCAAGAUGGCCGGGAUCCCGCUGUACUUUGUGGACCUGCAGGACGAUCUGGAUGACUUUGGCUUUGAGGAUUAUGGACCAGACUGUGAAAGCAUGAGGAUAAGCGCUUUCCUAGACAUUCCAGGACAGGAUAACCUGACGCCUCUUGCACGCCUAGAAAAAUAUGCUUUUAGCGAUAAUAUAUUUAACAGACAGAUAAUUGCGCGGGGAUUGCUAGAUGUGCUGAGAGAUUUCAGUAGUACUGAAGAUGAUUUUCUGACCGUCAUGGAGAUAGUUGUCCGCCUCUCAGAGGAUGCAGAACCUACAGUCCGGACAGAGCUCAUGGAGCAGGUCCCGCAGAUCACCAUCUUCCUGCAGGAGAGCCGUCCGCAGUUUCCCAGAGCGUUCUCUGAAUACUUGCUGCCUGUCCUCGUCCGCUAUCUCACCGAUCCCAAUAACCAGGUGAGGAAAGCGAGCCAGGAAGCUUUACUGAUUCUCCUGGAACAAGACCUGAUUGAUCAGAGUGAUCUGGAGAACAAAGUCUGCCCCAUCCUGCUUGAACUCUCUGCCCCUGAGAAUGAUGACGAAUACAAAGUGGAAGCUGUGAAUAUUAUCUGUAAAAUGAUUUCCAUGCUCUGCAGGCAGACAGUGGAGCAAACGUUACUUCCACGAUUUUGCGAUCUCUGCAGCGAUAGCAAGUUGUUCCAAGUCCGUAAGGUCUGUGCAGCAAAUUUUGGAGAUGUAUGUAAUGCAGUUGGUCAGGAAGCUACUGAGAAGUAUUUGAUCCCUAAGUUUCUUGAGCUGUGUUCAGACAGCGCAUGGGGAAUGCGUAAGGUGUGUGCGGAGUGCUUUAUGGCUGUAUCCUACACAACAUCCAGUGAGGUUAGACGAACCAAACUCUCUCCUCUCUUCAUAAACCUGAUCAGUGAUCCCUGCCGCUGGGUACGUCAAACCGCAUUUCAGUCUUUGGGACCAUUCAUCUCCACCUUUGCAAACCCUUCCUCUGCUGGUUUAUAUGUGAAGGAGGAUGGGACGUUGAGCAUUAGACCACCUACAGAUGAUGUAUUAACAGACCCUAAUGCUGGGGACAUUGCACAUUGCAGCUCCAGCAGCGAAAACCCCAACAUCUUCACUGAAGCAAAUCAGACCAGUCCCAAUUCCUCUAAGAAAGAUGACUCCAAAGAAUAUUCCUGUAAUAGUGGUCAAGUCACUAGCAGUUCUACAGAAGGUGACAGUCGGAGACCACCAAACAGCCCCUCUGCAGAAGGACGCUCAUCUGAUGUGUUUAACUCCUUCUUGUACUGGAGAAGUCCAUUACCUGACAUAAGUGAGGAACUUGAUUUAUUGCCAGUAGCUGAGUCAAGGCAAGAUUCUGAUCCGGAAUCUGAAUCUAUCCCAGUCUGCAAAUCAUUCAUGGCUAGUAGUGAUAUCGAGAAGGUUCUGCAGAGCUUGCAGGGGCACAUGGAUGAUCCAGAUGUUCAAGCCCAGGUUCAGGUUCUGUCAGCUGCCCUCCGAGCAGCAGAACUGGACACGAUAACUCCAGAGGAGACAACAAGUACGCAAGAGAACAUCCAGCCCUCCUCAGAGACCCCUAGUAGUGUCUGCACUCAGUGUCCCAGCCCUACACACCAAGAACAAGAGGAGCCCAACCUCACUCCUCAAAGUCCAGCAUCAGAGGAUGAACCAUCGCUUCCUAUCGUCUCUUCCCAGGAAGAGGAAAUUAGUGAAGAUGAAAACAUCAAGGUCCAGGAUGUUGUUCCACAACCAUUGCUAGACCAAUAUCUCUCCAUGACUGAUCCAGUUCGUGCCCAGACAGUGGAUACAGAAAUCACUAAGCACUGUGCUUACAGUCUACCAGGAGUGGCACUAACCCUUGGAAGACAGAACUGGCAUUUUCUUAAGGAUACCUAUGAGACCCUGGCUGCUGAUGUUCAGUGGAAGGUACGACGGACGCUGGCGUUUUCUAUCCAUGAGCUAGCUGUCAUCCUGGGAGAUAAGCUGACGGCAGCAGAUCUUGUUCCCAUUUUCAAUGGAUUCCUGAAAGACCUGGAUGAAGUUCGCAUUGGUGUCCUGAAGCAUCUGUAUGAUUUCCUAAAGCUUCUCCAUGCGGACAUGAGGAGAGAAUAUCUAUACCAGUUGCAGGAGUUCCUUACUACAGACAAUAUCAGGAACUGGAGGUUUCGAUACGAGUUGGCAGAGCAACUAAUCCUAAUCCUUGAGCUGUACAGCCCCAAAGACGUCUAUGACUAUUUACGGGUCAUAGCUCUCACGCUCUGCUCAGACAAAGUAUCUGAAGUCAGGUGGAUCUCUUUUAAAUUGAUCGUCGCAAUUUUGCAAAAGUUUUAUGCGCACGGUGAAAACGAACUAGGCAUUAACUUCAUCAAUGAGCUGAUUGUGCAGUUCAGACAUUCUUCCAAAUGGGUUGGACGUCAGGCGUUUGCAUUUAUCUGCCAGGCGGUGGUACAGGAAGAGUGCAUGCCCGCUGAGCAGUUUGCAACUCACCUUCUCCCCAAUCUGCUGAGUCUUGCAUCUGAUCCUGUCCCCAAUGUACGAGUCUUACUUGCUAAAGCACUGAAGCAGACUCUUCUGGAGAAAGCCUACUUCACCAGCCUGGGGAACCCACAUCUCGACGCUGUGGAAAAGACAGUGCAAGCUAUGCAGUUGGACCGAGACCAAGACGUGCGAUUCUUUUCUACAGCUGAGCCAAAGCGACACCUCCGGAGCACCCCUUUGGAACAAUCUGUCGACUGAUCCAGUCACCUGACCUGUGUAUGGAAGUGAGGUGUUCUCAUUUUUUUUAUGUUAAUCUUUCCAAUAGGUUUGCCAAUCUGGUGUUGUACAUUUUGUAAACCUGGUCCCAGGACCCCAGCAAAACCUCCGACCUUUUGACGGCAUGAGACGUGUUCUAUAGCAAUUUUUUAUAGAUACAUUUAAUACAACUUUAUUUAAAUAACAAAAAUGCAUGGUAACUGCAAUGAUGAUUCCGCUUCUGUCUCCGAACCCCACUUAUUGUAGAAACCCGGUCCAUGAACCAAGGGCUUUAAUCAUUACGACUUAACAAGAAAAAAAGUAUCAAUGUUCAGUGUUUGUAUAUAUACCUGUAUAAGAUGGAAAGCUGUACACUAUCUACUUCUGUAAUAUGUUUUUGAAUAUAUUUUAUAUAUUUUUUUUAACAAAAGAAAAAAAACAUGUGGUCAAGUAAAUUUUGGGGAUUGGGG